AGAAUAGCAUGAAAUGUCGGUGACUCCGGUCAUUUUGGAGGCAUACUGUGCAGUUAGUGAUGAGGUUGCCAAGCAGGUUAAAAAGUAUUUGCUCGGAGAUUUCGCAGAAGAGUCAAAGUUCGAACGAAAAAACUCUGAGAGCUCUGAUGGCAGCGAGACGCAAUUCUGCCGAGCAACAGAAAAGAAGGAAAAUGUGGAAGUGUGGGACGAUUGGGGUGAUAAAGAAGAGGGCGCCGCAGAGAAUUCAUUAGAAUCUGACGAAUCUAUACGAAAUUGGCUUUUCCGAUGUGAUUUAAAAACAUAUUCUGAUGCAGAGUAUCUUCUUGUCACUUGGGAAUCAAGAUUCGUUGUGCUACGGAAGCCCCCAGAUGAGCCGGUCUACAAAAUAGUUUGCAAACAAUAUAUAGAAGGAGAUCCGAUAAGCAAUGAAAUCACAGCUUCAUCUAUAUUUGGACUUUCUAAUGUUCGACACAUUGAACUUCUCGAUUCAAUUAUUAUUGCUCUGGGGACUCUUGACGGUCAUGUUUAUUUCUUUACCGAACAAGGAACAAUGCUCUAUUUCGAUCGAUUUUCAAUAUUUGAACCAGUUAAUAGCUUGCAAUUUGAAGUUGUAAAAACUGGUCAAACAUUCAUUGUGGUUUUCACCAAAGGAUUCUUCAUGAUUAAUCCAAUUUCACUCAAAUCAGUUCUUUAUCAAGCGAAGGUUUUGAUAGCAAAAUGCGAAAAAACAGUGAAACAAAUAUCAGAAUCAAUUGAACUUCAAUCAGAACUUCUUGCUCCGGAUAUUAAAGGAAAUAUAAUUCACGUGAUAUUCACAGGUCUUCAUAAACCAUCAACUUUGGAACAAUACAUCUCAGCAUCGUAUGAUUCAUUUUAUGCAAAAGUUGAAAAACCAUCACUUCCACUUUACUCAACAUUCAUGGUUACAACAGAAAAAGAAUUUGCAGUCUUUGUAUGGCACGAUCGAGAAGAGCAAGAUAAGCUUAUAGAUGACGUCAUUAAAUAUGGAAAAUCUCUGGUCCCUUCGUUUGGAAUUCGAAAAUUUUUUGGUAUUUCUACGGAACCUGCUCGAAUCGCAUCACAUAUGAGAUCUGCUGUACAUGCACCGACUAGAAGUAUAAUUAUGGAGACAAGAGUGGCACAAAAUGUGUCGAGAUCUCCUGAUUGUCAAUAUGUUGCAGUAACUGAUCGUAUGGCCAGAGUUCUUGUAAUUGAUAUAGCAUCCCGUCAAGUAGUUUUGAUCUUCAAAGGAUAUCGAGAUGCAUCAAUAUCAUGGGUAUCAGUUACUGAAGAUGAUCGUGUUGCACAGUUUUUGACUAUAUUUGCACCGAGAAGGUCGCUUCUGGAAGUUUGGACUGUAUUGGGAAAUGUUCGGGUAUGUGCUCAGCACGUUCCAUCUUCUGAAUGUAAUGUGGUCACUGGUGGAGAGAAUAAAAUGUUGUGUGGCCGAUGUCACGUUCAUACCGAUUCAAACUCAUUUUUUAUUGAUGAAAAAGGAGAAUUUCAUCGAAUUGCUCUACCAUUCCAUUUGGCACUCACAAGUAGAUCACGUCAAGAUCAACAUGAUCAUUUACUUUUGAAACAACUUGAGAAUACGAAAACUGGCGGAGAAGAUUGGUUUCAAACAUUUUCUGAUCUUAAAAUGGCGACAUCCAGGAAAACAACAUUCCAAAAUGCUCUUCACAACUUAUCAACUGCUGAAGAAGCUCAUCAAUUCAUCGCAAGAAUUCGAAGUAUUCCAACAUCAGCUUCUUUAGGAGAUCUUCCAAAUUCUGCUGAAAAAUCAAUUGGAUUCUAUGCAAGAACUGUAGCAGAAACAAAGCCACCAGUUGGAGAGUACGAUGAUAAGGAUACUUCAAAUUAUAAAUUGGAUUCGAUAGUCGAGAGAAUUCUUGAAUGUCAUAUGCAGAAGUUUGGUGAAAGAACCGAUAUGUUAAAUGAUAGUGAAGUGAUGAAAGUUGGAGAAUGGCUGAAAUAUGUGGAUUUGUCUCAAGAGGAUAUUGAUGUUUUUUCAGAGCAUUGGUCAGAAAAACAACGACACUGCUUAGCCAACCUGAUAUUUGGACCACUUUUUGGAUCAUUCGAGAUAGACGAAUACUAUGAUACUGUACUGGAGAAAAUUCCAGUAAAACGGAAAAAUAUCGUUAAAUUAUUCUAUAUGAGAUUUGAAAAGACAACUACACACAUCGAUUGGAGAAUAUUCAAUAGAAUAGUGGAAAUGUUUCUGAAUUUGGAGAAAUCUGAAACUGGAAUACUGGAACAAGUUGAUCAAAUGGCAAUGGAUUCGAAAGAUGUACCUCUUGGAAUGAUAUUAUUAUCUAUUUGUUGGUGUGCAAGGAUACAAAUCAGAAUUUUGAAAGGAAACGACGAGGAUGAAGUUGAAAAUGAUCAUGAUCUGGAAGAGGAAGAUGAAAAGAAUAAAACAAUUGAUGAAUGGGAUGCUAUAUCACCAGAAGCUGAACAUCUCGAUUGUAUUAUAAUGUGUUUACAUUGUGUUUCACUUGCUCAAUCCCUCUUAAAAGACGAUUCGAAUAUUUUGAGAAUUUCUGAUGUUGUGCCAAGAAUUGACUCUUAUAUAAGAGAAAAUGUCGCAAAAUGGAUCGUAUCCACUCCAAUCGACACAGAUACAAUUGAAAAACUAUUUCCACGUGAUCCAAGUGAAAAUCUAGCUGAAAAAGGAAAUGAGGAAGAUCGUCGAAAACAAAUGAUAAUUGAUUUUCCGGAUGACAAAGAAGUGGUUAUACAGAGAAUGUAUCAAAUUAUUCCACGUGUUUUUGAGCACGAUCUUGUUGUUGCUGAUGUGUGCUGGGAGAUGAUGUCACAAUGGUUCCGCGAAAAAGAUGACAAUUUUUCUUAUAUCAAGGAUUGCACGACGCUUCUACCGCAAUCAAUUGUUGAUCCAAGACUUCGUCAUGGAAUAGCUCGACUUAUAUGGGAUAAAUUCAUUUUCAUGGUUUUCCAAUCAAUUGUAAAUAUGGUUGAAAAGACGGGUCGACGACCGAAAGACAAGGAAACACGAAAAGAAAUCGGUUUUGGAGAAGUAAAACUAGAAGAAUUUCUAAUGGAAUGUGAAAAGUUUUUGGAAGUUCUCAUGGAUUCUGUUCGAGACAUGCCACCACCGAUUGAUUUUAAACAAGAUUUGCUUGUCGAGAUGGCGAGCUCUUCUUUCGCUGCUCACCUGCAUCAAUCCAAAACUGCUUAUCGUCAAGAUCAAUUCGCAAUCCUUGCUUCACGCCAACCUCUUGUCAAUUUUCACCUGGUGCUCCAUCAUCAACACCUGGCUCUUGCUCUUCGACUACAACUAACAACUGGACUUCGUUUCCAUCCUUUACGCAAUUUAUUCUGUGUAACUGGUAAUCGAGCAUUCUUUGCUUCACUCGAUUCACAUCCACUCAUUCCAUUGGAUCGAGUCGAUGAUGCUACAAUGGAGAAACGACACGCUUUUUUGGUUAAAGUUGCAGAACAAGGAAGUAUGGAAGAACGACGAUUGGCUAGACAUUUAGAAAUGGAAUGGAAACUGACAGUCAAUGAAAUUUCGUUCAUGCAAGCAUUAUCGUCCUUCCGUCUUGGCAAUGAUCAUCAAGGAUCCUUGGAACUUGCAUCUUGUGUUCGGGACGAUCGAUCAGCAGUUGCACUGGCACGUGUUCUUGCUGCUAGACUUAUUCAACUUGCAAAUGAAGCGAACAAACGAUACAGUACUGCUCAUUCUCAAUACCUAUGUGCACUUGCUGGGGAAGAAGCUGCUCGUGUAGAGCUUUAUGAAAACUCUCCAGAUGAUCCUUUAGUCGACAGUAAUCCAAAAACCUGGAAAGAUGCAGUUACAUCACUUGGAAGAGCUGGAAACUCGGUACCACAAUCGGCGCAGGCCGCCAUUCCAUUUGUUCGAAUGAAUGAUAUUGCCAAACUAUAUUUCGGAGCUCAGUGGGUGAAUAAUUGAUUUAUUGCAUUAUUUUUCUUAUGGGUUUCAUGUUUUCGCCGUCUUCUUUUGUUGUGUGCCGUGCUUAAAAAUUGUGAUAGCAUCUUGAUUUUAAAUUGUAAAAUAAAUGUAAAUUCGUUAUAAUUUUCAAAAAAAUAAAUUCUUAGUAUCUG